AUGGCUGUUAUUGUGCUAGAAACGGUCUUAUAUCGAUUUGUUCUUCCGACAGCUUUACUUAUUGGUGCAUUAAUUCGGCCAAGCUUCAUUUCCAUUGCUUACGUUAUUUUUGCCUUAAUUGGUCCACUUCUGGGUUCAAUAGUAUCAUCGGCGCCAAUUCAACGGACUCUUCGUGUUUAUUUCAUCUCCGUUGUGCUAACAGCGUUCCUGACUUCCAUUGCUCAGUUGAGCUAUCAGAUUUAUGAAUCGUUUUUCCAACCGAAUGUCGAUGAAUACACGAGAACAUGCAAUACAUCAGUUUUGAACUUUUGGUUGCGACAAAUUGGAUUAAUAAGAAUCAAACGUUAUUCUGGCUUCGACACAAUACGUGUAGUUUUCCCUGAAUUACUGGCACUUGCAGCGUCUCUUGCGACUACUAUUUGUUGCCUUCUUAUUCAUCGGAGUGAUAGUCCCAGAAGCAGUCAUAGUACCACUAACGUGCUACCAGUACGAGGAAAUUCAGGUAUUAUUGAAUCUGGGAAAGGAAGCAUCACUGAAGCAAUGAUUUUGUAUCUGAAAAAGCUUUCGGACGUUGCAGCGGUCUUGGCUGUUGGUUUAAUCAGCAUCUUUCAGCCAUGUCUUCUCAGCCUCGUAUAUUUCGUUACAUUCCUCUUUGUUGCAACAUGGUGGGCAUUAUACAAACCUUUUCAACGACAUAUUUUCAAUACUCUAAAACGUGUAGUCAUUAGCUAUUGUGCACUGCAUUUCCUAUUGCUUUAUAUGUAUCAAAUACCAUUCUUUCAAACCAUCAUACCUGGACAAUCAUUCUUUGCUCGUUUGGUUGGUUUCGUCCCUGUUUUAUACACGGAUUGCAAUGCAUGGUGGUCAUUGAAUGUUAUUUCUCUUGACUACUGGACAGCAUUUGCCAAUAUAAUAGCUCUACUGAUUUUAUAUCACCUUUUGAUUAUGCAGUAUAGUUUUACAAGAUAUGGAAUUCAUCGUGUUUAUGAAGCUUGUGAAAGCACUGGAAGUAGCAUACAUGAGGAGCUCCUUGCAAAUGAUGCCAAUUCUCACAGUUUGGGAAAUCUGUCACUACAUCAAACUAAUCCUUUUUAUCCUGAUCACCAGGAGAUGGCUACCGUUUUUGUCGGACAAGGAGAGCGUAAGACAAUGAUAUCUUCAGCAUUCACUGUUGCACUAAGUUUUAUUUCCCAUCAUCUCCAUAUUUUUGCCUUAAUAGCUAUGACGUUUUGGGCUUUUCUCUAUCACUCAGUAUUUGGUCUUGUAUUUAUAGUAGAAAUUUGUAUUAUUUUGGUUUUCAAGAGCACACGUGUUAUGGCAUUUCAAGCAUCACCAUCACUCGUUGCAUAUGUUGAAUUCCUACUCGUUGCACAGUAUGUAUGCAGCAUGGAUGUCAAACAUGAAUUGCCUCAAUCAAGCUAUUUGGAACUUGCUGGUUUCAUUUUUGCAUCAAAUCGAACUGCAGCAUUCAUUGCUCUUCUCACGAAGGGUUUAUUAAGCCUACCGCUAUUUGCACUACUUCAUUUCCAUCGUAAGAAAUACAACUGUUCAGCCGAAGCUGAUGAACGAGAGCAAAUACAUGGUAUUUAUCCAACACCCGGUCCUAUCAGCAUAACUGGUAAUGAGUCAGUGUCAUCUCAAAGCGUAUCAGCGGGUGUUAGAGUCGUUGCGAAAUAUUGGAUUUUUGUUGUCAGUUUUGUUUUACUCACUAUUUCAAUCCAUUCACCACCAGUUCUGUAUACUGUUGGUUUUUUCAUAUCAUUCGGUGUGCUAAUUUUCCUGCUACUGUCUUCUUUUGACUGUCUACGGCACUUUUUAUAUAAUUAUUUUACUUUCCUGGCGAUAUACUCAUCAGUUGUGGUAAUAGUCCUAUAUUGUUAUCAGUUCCCAACAAUACCGUCGAUCUGGCAAAAAGCAACAAGACUUAGUGAUGAUUGGAAUCACGAUAUAGGCUUAGUCAAUUACAGACAAGAAGGAGAUAGAGGAUCUUUGUCAGUUCACUUGAUUGGAUUAGUUUCACUUUUCGUAGUGAUCAUGCUGCAUUUGAAAUUCUUUAAUGGUCUAUGGUGUCGUCCUUUCUUUGCGCCUAUUUCGAAUGCAGCUGAUAAUGAUGUAGCUGCAGAAACUUUAGAACAGCGGAAUUUUUAUGCCAAAAUUAAGCAUAUCGUAGAGUGCUUGAUGGAAGCGUUAUGGAACAUUGCAGAAGCUCAUGUGGCCAAGCUUGUCAUGUUUAUCUUAGUUAUUGUUGCUGUCAACGAUAUAUGUGCCCUCAAUUUAACAUUAAUCAUUUUAACCAGUAUUGCUGUUUGUGUUCCGGCAAUCUCAUCGACUGUUUCUAUGGUGUUAUGUUUAUUCAUAUCAGUAUUUGUUGCGAUUAGAAUGGUUUAUCAGAUGCAUUUUGUGGUGGAAAAGCCAUUACCAGUAUAUUCGAAAGAAUUGAUAUGCAAUUCAUCUGAAUAUACUUUAAGUACAACGGCAUACUGGCUUGGUUUUCGGAAAGUACCGGUUAUUGGAAAUUAUGUUGGUGGUUUAAUCGUAGCUUUAUUAGCACUAGCAUUGCAAGCGAUUGUUAUGUAUCGCCAGCAACAUAAAUAUUUGUUAUCCAGAACAAGUGCUCCACCUCGCGGACUGGUGUUUCCGGAAUCAAAUCCCAAAAAUUGGGAUACUAAUUUGAUUGAUAUGAUCAAGUUUUUCUUCAAUUAUGGAUUUUAUAAAUUCGGUUUGGAG